CUCAAAUCCCACCAUCACCAACGCCCUUCCUUCUCCAAAACCCCAAACUCCAAACCCCACAAAAAUUCAACAAUGAUGUCGACCUCUCCCAAUCCAGACGCCUCUGUUUUUGCAAGCAUAAUGGAACUUCACUUCAAAGAACUCGAUCUGAUCCUGGAACAGCUUCUCUUCAACAAAGAACAAAUGCUUCCCAUACUGCAAAAGUGCUUCUCACUCACUUUCCUGAAAGAGGGUCUUGCAGAACAAAUUGCUGUCCAUAAAAGCGAUUCAGCCCAUCGGAUUAACCCCGGUCCCUUGGACUCUGCUCUUCUCAAGGACUUCGUGGCGCAGGUUCUGGCGGCCAGCAACAAACGCUUCAUCAAAAUUGUGCAUUGCUACCUGCUUGAAGCUGGCAAGGAGAAACAAGCUGAAGAGUACCUGCAAAAGGUGAGCCCUGCAUCUCGUGUCCAACACUUGGACUCCAUCAAGAUGUGGAAUUACCUUACUCUGCCAUUCCAGGUGUUCAAGGUAAUGGAGGAUAUGGGAUUAGGCACAAAUCCUGCCAGUUUCUUCAUGCCUCCAGCACCACCUGAGGUUUUUCCCACUCCGGCACUGGGCUGGAGGCCUGGCCAGGCUAUGGCCGACGGAUGAGGCUGGCAUUGUUCCUGAGACCGAGGACAGCACUUCAACAGCCGUGGAGCCUAACCCUGUUGGACUAGUUCUUCACGUUGGUGAGGUUACAGACCGGUCUAUGAUGGAUGCUGCAGCUGAAGACAAGAAGAAGAAGGGGGUGAUGGAAGUGAAGUCUCUUCUGAGAGACUAAGCAUCACCCAGUUAUCCUGUUUUCUUUCUUUUUACUUUGAAGACUACAAUCAUCCUGGUUUUGCUCUUGCAAUGAUUCCAUAUAUACUUGCGGUAUGUAUUAGGAGCUUGGUUAUGAGCCAUGACUUCCUGCAAUCCAUUUGCAUAUGUACUUGCUGCAAUAUGCAUCCUUGUUUA